AUGCCUCGCAGACAACCAGCGCCCGCCUACGUUCUAGGCGUUGGCAUGACCAAGUUCAUCAAGCCUCGUGGGAAGGUUGACUACACCGAACUGGGCUUCGAAGCUGGUAUCAAGGCCAUGCUCGAUGCUCAGAUCAACUACGAUGAAGUCGACCAAGGUGUUGCCUGUUAUUGCUACGGCGACUCGACCUGCGGCCAACGCGUUUUCUACCAGUUCGGCAUGACCCAGAUUCCCAUUUACAAUGUCAACAACAACUGCUCAACAGGAAGCACCGGCCUCAACAUGGCCCGGCAAGCCAUCGCCUAUGGCGCCGCUGAUUGUGUCCUGGUGGUUGGUUUUGAGAAGAUGAGCCCUGGCAGUCUACAAGCAUAUUUCAAUGAUCGUGAAAACCCUACCGGCACGACCAACGCCAUGAUGAAGGCGACAAGAGGCAUUACCAAUGCUCCUGGCGCCGCGCAACUCUUCGGCAACGCUGGUCAAGAGUACAUGGAAAAGUACGGCGCCGCCCCCGAAGACUUCGCCGAAAUCGCUCGAGUCAAUCACGAACACAGCAAGAGGAACCCAUACUCGCAGUUCCAGGACGAAUACACCCGGGAGCAAAUCCUGAAGUCGCCCAUGAUCCACCCGCCGUUGACGAAGCUCCAAUGCUGCCCGACCUCGGAUGGCGGUGCCGCCGCUGUCAUAGUGUCCCAGGACUUCCUCGAUAAGCGCCCACAUCUCAAAUCGCAGGCUGUCUUGAUUGCCGGUCAGGCGAUGGCCACCGACUCUCCCGAUCUCUUCAGCCGAUCCGCGAUGGAUCUGGUUGGAUACGAGAUGUCGCGAUAUGCCGGAAAGAAAGCCCUGGAAGAGGCAGGCAUCACUCCCAACGAUGUCAAGGUUGUCGAACUCCAUGACUGCUUCAGCGCCAACGAGAUGUGUGUCAUUGAUGCCCUUGGCUUAUGUCCCAAGGGAAAAGCGCACGAGCUCGUCCGCAACGGCGACAUCACCUAUGGCGGAAAAUAUGUCAUUAAUCCCUCCGGCGGCCUCAUUUCUAAAGGCCAUCCUCUCGGAGCAACUGGACUGGCCCAGUGCGCUGAGCUAACAUGGCAUCUCCGAGGUUGGGCUAACAACCGUCUGGCCGACAACACGAAGUACUGCUUGCAACACAACCUUGGUCUGGGCGGCGCCGUCGUCGUGACCGUGUACAAGCGCGUGGAUGGUAAAGUGGCCUCCCCUGUCUCGGACCAGGAGGUUGGCAAGCUUAACGGUCUCGGAUAUAACCCCGCCACGGAAGCCAAAGGCUUUACAGCAGAACAAGUCAAGCGAACAGUCAGCCAGAAGAAAUUCUCGGACUGGGCCGUUCAGGACGUCCCAGCCAAAGUGCAGUCCAGAUUUUAA